UUCUUAGUUUCAUUAAAGCUUGUGUUGCGACAAAAUCGCACUAAGUAUGUUGAGAAUUUUCGCGUUUUUAAUUAUAACGCCUGUGAUAUUGGGAGCAGUCAAGGAACAUAGUGAACAUUUAUCAUCAAAAAAUGUACCAAGCAAAAGAAUUGUGGGUGGAACAAAAGCUAAAGAUGGCCAAUUCCCUUAUCAAGCGAGCCUUAAAUACAUCAAAUCAGGAAUUCAUAUUUGUGCUGGAGCUAUUGUUGGUACCCGUUCAAUAUUGACCGCUGCUCACUGCGUAGAUAGAGGGAUUCCGGAAGACUAUUUGGUAUUAGUCGGAACGAUUCAUCUCUUCAAAGGAGGAACCGAGUACCAUUUUUCCGAGAUUCAUGUGCAUCAAAACUUUAAUAAAUUAACCCUUGACUAUGACAUUGCUGUACUGCGCACUAAUAGGGAUAUCACCGAAACUAGGCUUGUGAAGAUUAUUCCUAUUUCUGGAAAUACAAUACCAGGGGAUGUUGAAUGUAGAGUUGCUGGUUGGGGUGACAAAAAAUAUGUCAGACGAUCCUUUAGCAAGAAUCACCUAAUUCGAACAACAUUCUUAAGCUUUGUAACUGUGCGCACAAUCUCUAACCGAAUGUGUGAAGUUGAGAUCGGUUCCAUAGAUGCUCAAAAUGUCACUCCCCGAAAGAUUUGCACGAAAGGAAUGGAUAAGUUUGGACCAUGUGUCGGAGACUCUGGAAGUCCACUUGUAUGUCAAAAUGAAGUCGUCGGGAUUGUUUCCUGGGGAAUUGGAUGCGCCAAUGGCAUUCCUGAUGUCUAUGAAAGAGUUUCAGUCCACCGGGAAUGGUUAGCUGCCAAUGUUAGGUGACUUAAGAAUGUUCACUGCUAAUAUAUACAGUGGCGGCCAAAAUAAUAGAAUCACUUUGUAAAGCUUAUAUUUUUUUUAACUUUGGUAUUUAUUCCCAAUUUGUUGAUAUAAUUCUAAAGUAGAAAUCUUCAAAUUAUCAGAAUCGUAGAAUAAGGGUUGUUUUGGCCGCUAGAGGUCUCUAUCUUACACAGAAUACGUCCAUAAUGAAAUUCAGUUUGGCCAAAAAAUUUUGAAAACUGUUAUUUAUGGUUUCUAAAUAUGCCUUUCUUUAAACUUAGGGUAAAGUGGUACAAGUUGGACAGUGGUACAAGUUGGACAACGGUACAAUUUGGACAGGGCUUUUUGUCUUGAUAAAUUUAGUACUUCAUUUUUAUUUGUAUAUUUUUAAUGCUUUAGUUUUAUAAUUUGGUUCCUUGUGCAUAAAAACAAAUUUUGUACUGUAUUUACAGUAGAGUCUCGCUAUAGUCCAUAUUUGGUUUCAAAUUUGACACUUUGGUCGCACUAUAGUCCAUGUAAUUUUUUAAAAUUAUCAACGAUUUUUAGUAUUGAAAUUGCUCGACGGCUUCCACUUUCUUUGCGAUUGUGGUACUUGUCCCUGCUCUCUUCAUUGUGGAUCACAAUUAUCACAACUACUUAAUAAAGUUUGCCAAAAAUAUUAAAAUAAUUAUGCAUGUCGCAUACUAAAAAACAUAACCUAACUUAAAAUCAGUGUUUUGAAAUCAACGGUCGAUAAAUUGUGGACUAUAGAGCGAUGGUCUAUAGCGAGACUCUACUGUAUCAAGAAAAAAGCCAUGUCCAACUUGUACCAGCGAAUUGUCCAACUUGUAACAUUAAUUCCAAAUUAUAUCACUUUACCCUAUUCGAUUUAUAGACUACAUUCUUUAGUUUAAAUGAAAGUGGUCCUAUUGCGUUAUUUUAACCAAAUUUCCCUAUUGAUGUAUAUUCUGUGAAAAAAUAGAGACCUCUAGCGACGAAAACAAUACUUAUUUGACGUAAGGUAAUUAUUUGAGCAUUUCUAUAUCAAAAUUAUUUUAAUGAAUUGGAAUACACAAAAAUGCUAAAGUUAAAAUAGUGGUCUUUGUGGAGCUGAUUCUAUUAUUUUGGUCGCCAUUGUAUAAAAAUAGAAUGGUUCUAUAAAUAUAUUUCAAAAUAAAAACUUUGAUUUAUGAGUGUUUGAAAAAUCCACAUUUGGGAAAACCAAACCCCCAAAAUGGGAUUUCUUGUCAUUAAAAUCACAAUCUAAAAUGACUGAAAAAGUGUCAAUUGAACUGAUUCGUUUUAAAUUCAAUAGAAGCACGAUAACAAGAUGAUAAGAUAUAACAUAAUGGUUUUUGUGGUUUUUGUGAAUGAAAUUUUGCAAGUCAGGGAACUGGGAAACUCCUACAAUGAGAUAAAGAUCUGAGCUCAACGUACUCAAAGAUGGUAUUUUUUGCGUAAGAUGCGUAGGAGAUAGUGGGUCAGUUAUGACAUUAUUUCAUCCAAAUAAUUUUAAUAUAUGGAUAUACUUGAAAAUUAUUUUUUGCUGUAAAGGGAAAAUAAAGCUUUAUUCUAUUC